CGCGCAUCGAUGAGCUCCGAAUCGGUUGCUUCUGUCUGUUCAGCGGCUCAUGGCGCUGUUCUGUGAGUUGCUGUUGUGACACAAUAGGAGUGUGUAUCGUUAUCUAGUGAACAUGGGCCGUCACUCGUCAGACAGCGAGGACAACAGUCGAGGCAGGAGGAAGAGGAGACCGAGAGGACGCUCUUCCUCUUCCAGCUCCUCUGCCAGCAGAGUGACCAGCCGCAGCAAACACUCCAGGAGACGAACGCGCUCACGCUCCAGAGACCGAAACAGAGCCGCAGACAGGAGGCACAGAAAUCGCUCCAACAGCAGCUCCUCCAGAGGGUCCAGUCACAGGAGGCGGAGCCGAAGCGCAGAUAGGGGGCGGAGCCGCAGGUCCCACAGGUCUCGAUCCCGCAGCCGAAACAGAAGGUCUCGCUCCCGUCACCGAAGGUCCCGCAGUGGCAGCAGCGCUCGAUCCAGCAGGAAGCGCAGCCGCAGCAGAGAUCGAGAUCGUGGCCAGCGCCGAACCCGAGACAGAGACAAAGACCGGACACGGGACAGAACUAAAGACAAAGAGACGGACAAAGCCAAAGACAAGGAAAAACAAAGGGAAACGGGAAACAUCAAAGCUGGAUUAGAACAUCUGACUCCUGCAGAACAGGCCAAAGCUCGACUCCAGCUGGUGCUUCAGGCUGCAGCUAAAACCGAUGAAGUCCUGAAAGCCAAGGAAAGUCUGAAGGAGGAAAAGUCAAAAGAGGAAGAAGAAAUGUCUCUCGCGGAGCAGGUGAGGAGGAUAAAGGACAUCGAGGCCAUUGAGAGCGACUCCUUUGUUCCUCAAGCUUUCAAAUCAUCUCGGGAUGGCACCAAGGUGACUGAAGCUUCAGAGAUCAAGAAAGAGGCAGAGACUAUAAAAGAGGAAGUCACCCUUUUGCCCACCGCCAUCAUGUACAAUGACAGCAACACCCUGGCUCACCCUAACCUCUUCAUGGAUAAAGAGGAGGCAGAGCGGUUGUGGUUGAACAGACUGAUUUCUCUGCGUCAGGAGAGACUCAUGGGGAGUCCAGUAUCCUGAACAAAUCCAGCUUCCUCAGACCCCCAAACCUGUGCGGAUGUGGACUCGCUGUAGUCUUAGCCUCUGUAAUUCCAGCAGAUCUCAAAAAGGAGCAAGUGCUCCACCUGCUGGUUUCUAUCAGAAAUGUGAUCCAAAAUUGAAUUUCAGCAUGUGCUUAUUCUGAAUUUUUAAAUCUUUAUUCUACUUCAUACUAACUAAUAAUGGUAGUAUUGAGGUUUUAGAAGUGAUUUACACAAAAUGUGUCCUUUUUUUUUUUUUUUUUUUUUUUUUUUUUAAGUUUGAGCAGACGUUCUUCUCAUUAGCAUAGAUGACAAUUGUAUUUAGUGUGUAGUAGGGUUUUGUUGUUUUUCUUUUUUUUUGUUUUCUUUUUUCAAAAUAAAUGGUUGUAAAUCUUGGAUAAAACUUAUUAGUCAUAAACUUUGUAUAGUAAAGAAUGACAACGUGAAAGCCUAUUGAGGAAUCACGGUACAGUUUCUGCAUGGUACUGUUCAUCAUUUUUAAUGUCUAGAGUGUUUUCAUGACCAGUCUUUAGUAAGUGAGGUUGAGGGAGCUGAAGUGAGAUUAGCAGUUACUUGUGAAACUUGCUGCAUGUCAGAUAGCCAAGAACAGAGCUAUGAACAGGGGUUUUCAGGGGUGUUCUCUGAUUUGUUAAUUAGAUUUGAGUGAACUAACGUUUAGCCAAUCACAGCACGAAUCUCUUGGGCGUCUGCCAUGAGCUUCAAAUCUUGUUGCUCUUGUGAAUUUAAAAUUUAUUAUACUGUAUGAACACCCUUGGGUCACAUCACCAUACUGUCCCCCCCACUUUUAAAUUGCCUGCUACGCCCCUGCAAACAGCCUUCUUUAUUAGUAAUCAAGUCUACAGCAGACUACAAAGAGACUUAUUUUACUUAUGACUAUUCAGGGCCAUUUCUAUAUACAUACAAUGCAUAUAAUACAGUUGAGAUGAUGACUGAUGCAUUUGGAUAAUGAAAUAUUUAUUAUGUUUCAUGAGAGAUCAGGUGGUCUGCAUCCCCACAUAUAGGGGAGACCCGAGAUGGUUGUAAUACUUUUUUGCUUUAAUGUCUGUGCCUCAGCAUUUGUGCUGUUUAUCUCUCAUUACAUGAAUGUUCUUAAAUUUAUCUAUAAAACGAGGUUCUUUUGUAAACAUA